CGCUUGCGAAGAAACGUAAUUUCGGAAACUAUGGAUUUGGGAGAUAUUGUCUCUUAGAAAAUGGGUGCGCACCUGAAUUUUUAUGAGCGUGGGUCUGUAGUGUAAAAAUUCUGAAAAAUGGGUGUGGUAUUAGUUUUCACUUUUCUAAAACUAAAUAAAAUCGGAUGGAUUUCUAUGUUGAGAUCCACAUCCUAUCUGUUUACUAUUGGAUUCCUAACCCGCGUCCAAUCCACCUGUAUACGGAUCCGGUGUCCGGUCGGGUUGGCCGACUGGCCUCCAAAUGCUCAGCCUUGCCGCCCUUGCCGAAUGGUAUGGUUUUACCUCUCACCGGAGUGCUGCUAGUGUAAGUGCUUGCUCUUAUUGCGUGCGGAAGCGGUAGAAGUCCUGAAGCUAGGUCCACAGGGAUCUCAGUAGUUCUCUCACACAGAAAAGGCAGAAACCGAGAAAUUCUAUAGCCACAGAGGCAAAGUGAGAGGGUUCACAAGCCCUAGCAGUCUGCGGAUCGUGUGAGAGUGUUUGGGAAGUGAAUUUUAUGGCAAAGAUGGAGAACCAGAAACAUACCCUUGUUAGAUGUCCUCAUUGUGCCGGACCUCUUUCUAAAGAUUUGGAAACUAGUCGCUGGACAAUUUCACCACUAAUCAGAGACAGUUUUUCCAUGAUUGGAUCUGCUGUUGGUGGUACUGCAAGCGCAUUCUAUGGAUUUAACCUUGUGACGCCAUUGGUUCAAAGGCGGAUAAAGGGCCCUAUGUGGUUGCAUUUUCUCGUCGGUACUCCACCGGUGAUACUGUUCUCUUCUGCUUGUGCUGGGUUGGCAGGUGGUGCGGUUCCAGCAGUAGCCCAACUUGUCUCGUCAUCUUAUCAUGCAGCAUCUUCAUCACUGUCAGCUUCACGUCCGGUCUCCUCAGAGGAUGAUAAGAAGAUUCCCAACAAAUCAACAACCUCUACUGUGUAAUCACUAAGCAGUUGCUGCAACUAUUAUCUCACCGACCCUCAGGUUGAGAGAGAAAGAGAGACUUUCUCCGGUCUAAUUUACUUGCAGUUUGAUGUAUAUAUGCAGAUUAAACCGGCAACCAAUUUUCUCGAGAGUUAUCCAAUAACCUGAUGAUCUUAUUGGCAGUUGUAAGCAUCAAAAGCUUCAUUCUCGCA